GAGCAUGCGGUGGUACAUUUCUUAUUCAGCGGUCUCUCGUUGGAGAGCCUUCGAGUGGAAGAAUUUCGUCGUGGCAUGGAGGCAAAGUUGAAAGAAAACGGAUGGUUUCUCUCCUCCGAAGGAAUUGCAGAAUGUGAAAGGGCUUGCAACAAAGAGAAGCCAUCUUUGCAGGAGCUGUCGAAGGCAGCCCUUAAUUUGGACCUCAAACAGUACGGCAUGAAACAUCUUCCUGAUGAUAUUAACAGAGGCAAAGUACAAACAGUUAGUGGUCCCAUGGUUCUUCAGGUACAAAAGCUUCGCAAUGUCUCUGCUCCAAAAGCUAAUGAAGAGUCAAACCACGCCCCAAGAUUACUGAAGAUACAGCUGACGGACGGACACCUCACAUGCCAUGGGUUGGAAAGUGCAUCUAUUCCAGACCUCAGCUUGUCAAUACCUCCUGGGACCAAAGUGUGUUUAACUGGUACCAUUACUGUACAGGAGAGUUUUCUUAUGUUGGACUCUAACAAUACAAGGGUUUUGGGAGGAGAAGUUGAGAAGUUAAAAGAAAAAUGGGAGCUGAACAAGACUUUAGCUAAGCAUUCUCGUUUGACUGUCAGUGGUGAUGGGCCUCCUCCAUUUGUUCCUUUUGGUCAAGGGAUGCAGCCAGGGAGUGAGAAUAAAGGAAGAUCUACAGAGAACCCUAAAGUGAAUGGUGUGGUACAAAACAGUACAGAGAAACCUAAAAGUUCUCAGAGCAGGGAGGCAAAUGGUCCUCCACUGAAAUCCAGAACUGACAAUGGACGAAGCAACAGGCCUGCUAAUCAAGAACAGAAAGACAGUAUGGUAAAGAAAUUUCCAAACCAUCAAAGGGAUGAAAGAACAGAGAGCAAAAGGGUGAAUACUGAGAAAACAAAUAAUAGACAUACUGGUGAGGGGCGAACAAGUUUGAAUAACCCAAGAGAAAAGGAGAGUAGACCAUUUAAUUCAGAAUCAGUGAAUCAUGACAGGCCAAGACAAGAAAACCUCGCUGACGAUGACAGACAGAACAGCAGAACAGAACGGAGUGAGAGGGCAGAAAGACCAACACCAAAAGGACAACCCUUGCGGACUCAGGAUACAAACAGGGGAGGCGCAAGGGUGCGAGGUCGUGGAGGAAGACGUGAACCACUUGGAAGAGGAAAACCUGAGAGUGAUGCCACUGAUGAUGUUGAAGACUACAGAAUCAGGCAACCAUCAGAGCCAGCUUUAUGGGACUUUCUCUCGACAAAAUUUCCAGCAGUAAAAGAUACAAAAUAUCAGAGACCACCAAAGUCAACAGAAAACCAUAAAACUGAUGAAGCCCAACAUGAAAGACCUCCACCUAGACCACCACCCUUGAAGCAAGAUGACGUGCAAAAGCCAAAGCAGCAUAAGCAGGAUUCUAGAGCUGAGAAAUCUGAGAAUAUUUCUCCCCCAAGACAACAGCAAGGUGAUGCACAGGGCGACUAUGCCACACCAAGAGAGGUUGAGAAACCAAAACCGGAAAUGACAUUACAGCACCGAGAUGGAAGACAGCAAUCCAAACAACCAAGGGAACAGUAUUAUAAACAACAGCAGAACCCCGGGCAGAUGAAGGGAAAAGGUUCUAGAAGGCAUGAUCAUGAUUCUAGACCAUACAAUCAGAGUUUACCACCAAGGCUUCAGAAGAAACAACAACAGCAGCAACAGCAACGCCAACAGCACCAGCAGCAACACCAUCAUCAUCAGCAUUAUCAACAUCACAGUCAGCAGCAGGGUACAGAGGUGAGCAAUGACGAGGGUGAAACUGAAUAUUCCACUGCAGCAAGUCCACCGUCUGUAGCUCAGGAAGAUGAUGCUAUUGUGAGAUUUAGUGCGGCAUCAGUUGGCCAUGAGUAUGCAGAGGAACAAGCUCCAAGCCAAAUUCCGCAGCCUUUACAGUUUCAGGAGCCUCAGGGGAGUUCAUACACUGGUCAGCAGUAUGCCACACAGGGUAAGUGGCAGAAAAACUACCGCCAAGGAUCCGACCAGUUUAGACCUCAAAGCCUUACACCUCCUAAUGUACAACAACAACAGCAGCAGCACCUUGAGUUUGUUACCAUGGCUAUGGAAUCCCAGCGUGCACAGACACAAUUUGUUGUCAGUCAGCCUCAACAGUUCGUGGAACGAGGAGGGAGAGAGCAGUCAGAGAUGAGCAUGCCACAGGAAUACCAGUAUACACAGGCCCAACCCCCAGUCCAGGCAUAUCCUGUGUAUCAACUCCGCCCUGCUCAAAUGGCACAACAACCAAUGGCUCCUCAGCCAACUAUACCUCAGCAGCCAGUAGCCACACAGAUGCCAGCAGCACAGGUGGGAUGGAAAAAAGGUGACCACUGUUUGGCUCCAUGGAGGGAUGGACAGUUUUACAGUGCCAAGAUGGAGGAGCUAGUGGCUGAUGGUGUACAUUGCAUGGUUUCUUUCCUGGAUUUUCACAAUAGUUGUGAUAUUGUGCCUCUCUCAUCUCUAAGGCCUUUUCCAAUUAUUGCCUGGGGAGAAAGUGGUAGUGCCCAGCCUCAGCCUGCUGGUGCUGUUGCUACAGUGCCUUAUUAUGCACAGCCUCCUCCCGUUGGUAUGGUGGCCAGACCCCAGGUUGUCAUCCCUGUGACUGGGCAGCCUCCUUUCCAUGCUGUGACAAGGCCUACCAUUGUUCAUUCUACCCCAGUUCCCACUCAAGUACAUUGGCAGCCAGCUCAGGUCCAGUACCAGGAAGUAAGACCAGCAGCUUUCCAGCCUGUAGUGCACUAUGGAGCUGUACCACAGACAUCCUCAGGGGGCCCUACUCAGGCAGCAUAUGGAGUACCCACUGGUGCUGGGGUACACUAUGCUAGGGGUGUGAAGGAUACCCAAGUACAAGGUAGGGAACCUCAGAUUGAAGUACCUGGAAAACUCCUGAAACUGUAGAAUUUUCCAGUGUUCAGGAAAAUAUCGCAGAAGAAGUUAAUGUUCAUAAUGUUUGGGAAUUUCUCUUACCGUGCCUUGCAAUAACAUGCUGACUCUAAAAUUCAAAGCUCAACUGACAAAUGCGUUUUUUGCUACCGUCAACCAAAUGUCCGGCGGCUCCUUCCAGCUUCUGACUACUGCUGAGCACUGUUUCGUUGUCUGAACUGUGCUCAACGAUUUGAUUACCGC